AUGAGAGCAGCAGUGAUAGCAGCAGCAGUGACAGCAGCGCCAGCAGCAGCAGCAGCAGCAGCAGCAGUGAUAGCAGCAGCAGUGACAGCAGCACCGGCAGCAGCAGCAGCAGCAGCAGCAGCAGCAGCAGCAGCAGCAGCAAUGUGUUGUUUGCUUCAGGCGAUUGCUGCUGAGUGCAUGAAGGCGCUGCAGCAAAGAGCAGUUUUGAGAAAUCAACAUUCCAGAUUGCUGCUAAAGAUCGCCCGCUGCAAUGAGGAAGCUGAGGCUUGUUUAAUUGCUGCUGAGAGGCGGAAUGCUUGUCUUUGCAAUUUGGAAAUUGAAAUUAAAAAAAAGAAAGAUCAUUUUUAUGCUGCUAUCGAAAGCAGAAACAUCACCGGCGUGAACUUAAUUGACAGGCCGGAGCCCCCGGUGGAAGAGCUGCAGGCAAAAGCUGCAGAACUUCAAAAUCGCUUGGGAAGUCAAAAGAGGAAAUUGAUGGAAUUGGAUUUGAAGUUUGAAGAAUUAAAUGAAGGAAAUGAGCUGCUGCUGCAGAAGACAGGCUCAAACAAGUUGGUUGCUGCUGAUUUGCUGCUGCAGCUAAAUCUGCUGCAGCAGCGGCUGCAGCAGAUCAGCAGCAAACGCCGCUGCCUACAGGCAGAGACAAAUGUCUACAAGGCAAGCCAGCAGCAGCAGCAGCAGCAGCAGCAGCAGCAGCAGCAGCAGCAGCAGCAGCAGCAGCAGCAGCAGCAGCAGCAGCAGCAGCAACAGCAGCAGUUGAUUAUUUUGUUUUGUUUAUAG